AAAUUUGCUUUCACCUUUUGUCUACUCUCUCUUCUUUCUCAGUACUUAGGGUUAGUUCGAUUUUUGAUAAUUUUAUCGAGAGCUAGUCAAUUAUUGUAAAAUUGCAUUUUACUUUCUUCUUCCUCAAAAUGUGGCUAUAUUUGAAGUAAUUUAGUUUACCUUUUGUUUUUCAUUGAAUCGAGUAAAAUGUGUAGAUGUAGUAGAACAGGGGUUUGAUUCAGUGAGCUUGGAGGUUUGGAAUGGAAAUGCAAUUGAAUAGUCAAAAUACUUCUUCAUUUUUAAAUAAAUACCUAAUGACGCAAGCUAUGGAAAAUUUUCUUACCGCGGGCGGGCUUAAAUCAAAAGAAUAAAACAACGAAACAAAGUACUUGAAAGUAGAUAUAAAAGAAAGAAGGUAAAAAAGAAGAGAGAAAGAAGAAAUAACGUGAAUGAAGCUGAUAUCUUUAGUCGAGGUGCACGCAAGCUGGACUGAACGCCAUGGUUAUAAAAAGAUAGAAAAAGAAGAAGUUGCUAUCGAUAUUGGUUCUCUACAAUUAGUAUUGUGACUGCUCCAAUAUUGGUACAUAUCUCACUGUCCCACAGUGGGUAAUUCAAUCAUUGGACCAAAUGUAUGUAGCUCAAUAGAAUGAGAACUUGCAUAGAUGAGCUAGUAGCUCUAAUGGAAAUGCUGUUGACUCUAUCUUUUACAAAUAGAUUGUAACUCCAUACAACCAGUUGUUCCAUUUACUUGGGCUUCUCAAAGCUUUGAUAUCAAGGGAUCCUUUUAUUUGGCAAGUAAUGCGGAAAUUUCUUGUAAAUGAAAGAGAAACAAAAGAAGAAGAUAAAUACGUACUUUGAAAAGUUAAAAGAAAAUGAAAAAACAAGAAAAAAGUUUAUAUGCAUAGUGGUUAUUUAGGAUUAGUUAUCGUGAUAUGUGACUGCACUGUGCCCAGAAUCUUGUGGUCUCUCUCCCACAGUGGCUACACUGAAAUUAAUCUGAAUUCAAUUUAGAUCAUUGGAUCAAAUUGAUGUAGCUGCAGUGGGGAUUAGAGUUUUAGUUACGGAGCUAGUAGUUCUAAUGGAAAUGAAGUUGACUCUAUGUUUUUAAUUUGUUGCUUAAACAGCUUAAUAUCAAUCAAGCUGUUAUCUCAUAUCCUUGGAUAAUAUUAUAUCUCUGAGCAUUUUAUUCGGUAAUCCAGAUUAGAGGUUGCUGAAUUUACUCUGUUUUAAGUUUAGUUUUUAUUUCUUGGUUAAUAUAUUAAAAGGAGAUUGUUGCUGUGUUUACUCAAGCCGAAGGACUAUUGCGAAGAACUCAAUCAAUAGAACGGAAGAAUAGGAAGAAAAAUGCAUCUACUGUAAUUCCAUAAGUGGUCUUACGUUAGUGAUUUAUGCUCCCUGUAUGCUUUAAGUUUCUCUCAUUUGAGGACUUCUUUUACUUCAUUUGAGUGCAGGACAUGUGCUGCAGUUUCUUCAGCAUAAUUGGGGAUCCUUCCAAGGGGUUCUUCUGUUAUGCUCAAGGCUAUACAACACAUUUCUUCUGCCUAGCCUCUUUCUUGUGGACUACAACAAUUGCCUUUACUCUUCACCGGACAGUUGUUAGGCAUAAGACAGAUGUUGAAGAUUUGGAGCCUAUGUUUCAUCUAUACGUUUGGGGAACUUCAGGAGUAAUGACAGUUAUACGAUCAAUGGCCAAUAAUCAUGAGCAUCUAAGUCGGUUAGGGACUUGGUGUUGGGCACAAACAGGACAUGCAGGAAAGGUUACCCACUUCAUCACGUUUUAUGCACCUCUUUGGAGUGCCAUUCUUUUUAAUGGUGUCACCUAUUUUCAAGUAAUACGGAUGCUAAACAAUGCAACUCGUAUGGCAGUGGGCAUGUCAGAAAGGUCAUACCAACCAGAUCCUCGGUCAGAUAUGAAGGCACUAAAUCGUUGGGGUUACUAUCCCCUCAUUCUUAUAGGAUCAUGGUUUUUCGGCACAAUCAACCGUAUACAUGACUUUAUUGAACCAGGUCAUAAGAUCUUUUGGCUUUCUGUUCUUGACGUUGGAAUGGCACAGCUCAUGGGUCUCUUUAACUCAAUAGCAUAUGGUCUUAACAGCUCAGUCCGUAGAGCAAUUUAUGAAAGAUUGGAUCUGUUACCAGAAUGUUUUCAAAGAUGGCGUCCAAAGACCUCGAGGUCGAGAGGCCAACAGCAGGAUAGUGAAUUAGUCUCACUAAAGAUUCAAGAUCAGCAAUAAGCAAUUACAAUUUUGUGCUUGUACAUUCAUGUCAGUACCUCUGCCACCAUUUCCCUCAUUGGACCAGCUUGACAAUUGACAAUUGCGUUUUGACAGCUCCAUUACUUCAACCCUGGCUUUAUGCUCACAACCUUCCACCAAAUCUCCUCGCUCCAUUUGCUUAAUGCUUGGGCGCUUCUCCCAGAUCGCUGAGUGUACAUUAGUGCCAGAGUUGUUUUGUUGAUAAGUUGGGGAGUAUGUAUCACAUUCUUUUAAACCUUGAUGCUAACUUCUGAAUGUUGUUGCAUCAGUAAUAUGCUCCAGGAAAUUAACCCCCGUGAUUUCAGUAUGAUCAUUAGAAGACAUGAUAUAUGAUUUGCAUAUGAAGCCGUCAAUUUUAGACAAGGCUGAAUAUGUGUUUCUGAUGUACCCUGAAAGAAAACAAUUGUUCACUGUUUACAUAUUCUGUAUUGAUAUAGUAAUUUGUCAUAGCAAUCCGUUCUUAGCUACU